UAACUUUUAGACGAAACGUGGUUGGCAGAGGCCCAGCUGUAUUUUACCGUCUUGAGGCCAAGAGCACUCAAGCUGGAGCUAUUUGAUUCUCGAGGUGGAGGCAAGAACCACGGCCGUAAAGAUACGGUACCAACUACUACGGUCGUAUAUCACGUGGGCCCACUACUGUAUAGCGAAAAUGGCGCUGCUGGCGACGGCGUGCCUGCUUAUUCUUGUAAAUGUGCGGGCGUUAGCGCGAUUGACCUCGGAUCGUCGCUACAGCCCCGACUGGUCGUCGCUGGACACUCGCCCGCUGCCUUCGUGGUUCGACGAUGCGAAGGUCGGCGUGUUCGUCCACUGGGGCGUGUUCUCGGUGCCCAGCUUCGGGAGCGAGUGGUUCUGGAACAACUGGCAUUUCGAAGAUCCGCCGCUCGUGGAUUUCAUGAGGCGCAACUACAAGCCGGGAUUUAAGUACCAGGACUUCGCUCCGCAGUUCACGGCCGAGUUCUUCGACCCCGAACGUUGGGCCGAUAUUUUUGCGAAGUCUGGGGCGAAGUACGUGGUGCUCACAAGCAAGCAUCACGAGGGAUUCGCGCUUUGGCCCUCGAACGUGUCAUGGAACUGGAACGCCCUGGACGUUGGGCCGCACCGGGACCUGGUGGGGGCUCUGGCCAAGGCCGUAAGGAGCUGUGGAGGAAUGCGGUUCGGGCUGUACCACUCAUUGAUGGACUGGUUCCACCCACUGUACUUGGCUGACAAGGCGUCCAACUUUUCGACUGCUUUGUUUCCACCUGCUAAGACCCUUCCGGAACUCGUGGAGAUUGUGGAAAGGUACCAUCCAGAGAUUGUUUGGUCUGACGGCGACUGGGAAGCGUCCGACGCUUACUGGAACAGCACCUCUUUCCUGGCCUGGCUCUACAACGAAAGUCCCGUGCGUUCUACUGUCGUGGUCAACGACCGCUGGGGCAGAGAGGCCCUGUGCAAGCACGGGGACUUCCUCACCUGCAAAGAUCGGUUCAACCCAGGUGUGCUGCAGCGACGCAAAUGGGAAAACUGCUUGACGAUCGACAAACACUCUUGGGGCUACAGACGCGAUGCGUACCUCUCGGAGUACCUUACCAUCGGCCAGCUGCUGGACAUCCUGGCGAGCACGGUCAGCUGCAACGGCAACCUGCUCAUCAACGUAGGCCCGACAAAGGAAGGUGUCAUCACGCCCAUUUACGAAGAGCGGCUCACGCAGUUGGGGAAGUGGCUUUCCGUCAACGGCGAAGCGGUCUACGCAUCGAAGCCCUGGAAGUACCAGAACGACACGGCCACGUCGAAUGUAUGGUACACGGCCAAGGAUGACGUGGUGUACGUGUUCGUUAUGAGGUGGCCCAAGAACGAGCAGCUUUACCUGGAGUCGCUGGAAAUGUUACCAGGAGGCAGAAUUACGAUGCUCGGGCUACCCGCGCAUCGGCCGCUUGCGUGGAUACCCGCUCACUCGCUCGAAGGCGGUGGCCGGAAAGGAGCCUUCAAGAAGGGCACGGUAGUCAGAUUUUCAAAGCUGACGGUAGACAAACUUCCCACUCCGUGGGCCUGGGUGCUAAAGGUGAUAGGCGCCUCUGAAGCCUUGAUGCCAAGCAGUUUGCCGAGUGCGAAAACAGAAUGAAUAAAUAAAU